UCAGGCAAGCCGAGCAAAGGUUGUGCCAACUGUCGCACGAGAAAGAUAAAAUGCAACCAGGGCGUGCCUUCAUGCGGACAAUGUAUGAAAGCCGAGCGUGCGUGUCCUGGCUACCGCAACAUGGUGGACUUGGCCUUUCGGGAUGAAAGUAGUGCCGUGAUUGAAAAGGUCAAAGCCAAGGCUAGAGCCAGAACAGAACUUGGUAAUGGUUCAUCAUCUGCACCGAGAAAAGUCAGCAGCAGGUCAAAAUUGUCUGCCUCAAGCUCCCCCGAACCGCCGGAGAUCUUUUCUUCAGCAUCUUCAUCGGUCAUUAGCUUCGCUCCAUCCUCAAUUGAGGACCGUGGGAUCAACUGUUUUCUCGGCAAUUGGGUUUCCAAAUGGAGUGGCCCAUCUCAUGGGUACUUCAACUAUUGUCAUGAACUUCUCGGCGAGGAUGCCAUGGGUUCAGUCUUGAAGACGAGUAUAAUCGCGAGUGGUUUGGCCAUAGAGGCCAAUGCAAAACGGGACUCACAAUUGCUGGUACAAGCUCGGCGCAAUUAUGCCAUAGCUCUUUCAAAGAUAAAUUCUGCCUUGCGUUCGCCUGCUGAGGCAGCAAAAGACAGUGUUUUGCUCGCAAUCAUUGUGCUCGCAGUAUUUGAAACGUGUUGUGGUUCGAAUCAGCUCUCGAUGAAAGCGUGGACAGAGCACAUCAAUGGCGCUAGCACUCUUAUUCGUAUGCGAGGAAGAAGCCAAUUGAACAACAAAAUAAGCUUUGGAGUCUUCAUUUACGGCACUGGCCAGUUGCUACUAUCAUGCAUGCAGAGAGAGAUUCCAAUGCAUCCAGAGAUUCUCGAGCUUAGGAAAUUUGCAUUUUCAAAUAUCCCAUCAGAUACUGGUUGGGUGUUUUUGAGGAAGUGCGACGAAUGUACUGUCUUCCGUGCAGCUAUCAAGUCCGGGGCCAUCGCGGAUCCAGAACUUAUCUUGUCUACCGCACUUCGGUUGGACAAUGAAAUGGCCCAGGUAUUUGACAACGCUUCACCAGGCUGGAUGUACGAGACGGUGUAUACAGAUGUGGAGUCACCCCUUGUCUUUGGUGGAUAUUAUGAUAUAUACUACGACCAUUGGAUAGCUCAAAUUUGGAACGGAUCCCGAUGUGUACGACUUGGGCUCAACGAGAAUAUUCGUUCGCAGCUCGUUAAAGGUUUCACUUCAAAUCCGCCGCGAUUCAACACCCCUCAGCACCUAGCUCAGUUCCAAGCUUCGACCCAAAUAAUAACCCAAAUGCGAAAUGAAAUACUGAGGAGCGUCGCCCAACACGUGGGCCUCGUUCCCUUAUCACGCAAACCCUUCCAAAGCACCGCUACCCCCUCUAACUCGAUGGCCCCGCCACUGCAAAACCUCUCAUCCGAAUUCCCCGAAGCCCCCCCCUCCUUCAUCUCCCCCCUCUCAUCCCCAGACUUCGUCCCCUACGAACCCCCUUACCAAACCCUAACCCCCGACCCAACCUUCCCGGCCGUCGGGGGGUACUUUCUCUUAUGGCCCAUCUAUUUCGCAGCCGUAACCCGCGUUUCCCAACCAAUACAUUGUGUCUUUGCAAUUAAUGUUCUCAAUUACAUCGGCGAGAACAUGGGGAUCAGGCAAGCUAGUAAUAUGGCUUCGUUCUUGCAAGCACAUCCGGCGUUUCGGGGGAGGGGAAUGGAGAAAGUGAAGGAAGGUGGUGUGAUGGGCGAUAUCAAUGACUGGAGGAUGGAGGGUCCUAUGCAGCUACUGCGAGAAAUGUUUGAGCGGGAGGGCGAGAGCAAGAGUUGAUUAGGGCGGCUGGUGCAAAUUGGUGAGGAGUUAUGGAGAAGGCGAGGGCGAGAGUCAGCCUGGUACUGGAGUAGAAGAAGUUUGCAGGUACUAAAGGUUAGAGGAGAAGCACUUUGGGGGCCUGGAUGCCAGUAUGAAGAAUAGAUUCAACUAUUAAGAAUUGAAAUUCGGUACCCGA